UAAAACCGGUCGCUGCACCAUUGAUCUUUGAACAUACAUUCGCCAAUAUGCCAGCAUCACGAGCCUCAGUCGUGCGACUUUUGUCCGCUACCACACAUCAAGGCUGCCGAGGAUGCGGGAGGACACAUGGAUCUGCUCAUCGCAGUCUUGCGACCCCCGCUGACAUGCCCAUCGGGAUGCCACCGGGAAAGAGCGAAUAUGCUUUCGAGAUGGCUGCUUCAAAUCUAAGAUUCGGAGUUGGAGCGACCAAUGAGGUCGGUAUGGAUCUUGCCAACAUGAUCAAUAGUCUGCCACCUUCUGAACGACACAACGCCAAGAUCGGAGUGUUCACGGACAAGAACGUAGCUCACUUAGCAGUCAUGCAAAAGGUGGAGGCGAGUUUAAAGAGGGAAGGCUUGGACUGGCAACUGUUCGACAAAGUCUCUGUAGAGCCCACCGAUGAUUCCUGGAGGAAUGCGAUCGACUGGACGAGAAAUUCCAACAUUACUCACUUUUUGGCCGUUGGAGGUGGAUCUGUCAUGGAUACUGCGAAAGCUGCCAACCUGUUUGCCAACUAUCCCGAAGCGGAUCUCAUGGACUUUAUCAACGCUCCAAUUGGCAAAGGUCGACCGAUCGAUAAAAAACUUAGCCCGAUCAUCGCCAUCCCUACAACCGCGGGUACAGGUUCAGAGACGACCGGAACUGCCAUCUUGGACAUCAAAGCUAAAAAAUUCAAGACUGGUAUCGCGUCUCGAGCCUUGAAGCCAACUCUUGGAAUCGUCGAUCUGGAUAACACAGCCACGUGUCCCAAACACGUAGCCAUCAGUGCAGGUCUUGAUGUCCUGUUCCAUUCGUUGGAAAGCUGGACAGCCAUCCCAUACUCUGAGCGUUCGCCUCGGCCUGCCAACCCACUCCUUCGACCCGCUUACCAAGGAUCCAAUCCCAUCUCUGACAUCUUCUCGUUCUGGGCCCUGAAGCAGACCGUCAAAUAUCUCCCAAGAAUCGCUCGAGAUCCCGGUGACGUCGAAGCUAGACAACAGAUGCUCUUGGCAGCUUCAUCAGCAGGAAUUGGAUUCGGCAACGCAGGUGUCCACAUGCCCCACGCGUUCUCUUACCCCAUUUCUUCCCUCAACAAGGCGAGGGCAAAGGAGAGGCAAUACAUGCACCCUUCUUACGAUCCCAACGUUGCUUUGAUCCCGCAUGGAGUAGCAGUCUCUUUGACCGCCCCGGCAGUCUUCGAAUUUACAGCUCCUGCUUCUCCUCAAAGACAUCGAGAGGCGGCCGCGGUAUUCAUGGGAGAUCGAGCGGGAGAACUAGACAGAGUCAGAGAUGAGGAUAUAGGAAGGGUCCUGGGAGAAGAAGUGAGGAGGUUCUUGGACCUCGUAGAGGUGCCGAGAGGCCUUCAAGGUGUUGGAUACCUCAAUGAGGACAUUUCAUCGCUCGUGCAAGGAGCGCUGCCUCAACGCCGAGUCUUGGACCUCGCCCCGCUUCUUUCUAGCGAGACUGCGGAACAAGUGGAACAGCUCACUGGAAUCAUUGAAAACUCUAUGAAGUGGUAGGGAGAGACAGUAGGUAGAUCCAUCAUACCAGAUCUAGUCUAUGCACUCGAGUUUGUCGCACCAUGCAAUUUGACUGCCAUCGAGAC